CGCUUCUUCCUUCUCACAGUACGCACUAGUGUUGACUCUUCUUCCAUCUACCGAACCCGAUGCAGGAUUAACUUCAUCCUUUUAACCAAGAGCCAGUUUUGUCUCCAUUUUUUAUUACUUGGACGGAAUUGACUAACGGAUCAAAUAUGCGUCUUAUCCACAACAUGAGCUCCAUUGCGGAGUAUUCACCAGUUGAGAGCUCGGUCCCCAACCGGGUCAUUAAAAUGGCUGUGAUAGGAGGCAGCGGAGUUGGAAAAACAGCACUCGUGGUGAGAUUCCUAACGAGGCGCUUCAUCGGAGACUAUGAGAGAAAUGCUGGUAAUCUCUACUCCAGAGAAGUCCAAGUCGAUGCAGAGCAAGUGACCAUCCAGGUUCAAGACACUCCUGGCGUUGAGAUGACAGAUAAUGGCAUUAACUUACCAGAUCAUGUGACCUGCUCCAUCAAGUGGGCUGAUGCCGUGGUUCUGGUGUACUCUGUGACCGACCGACGUAGCUUCGAUCUGAUCGAGCAGUUGCACCAGCAGGUGGUUCGUACCGGAGGCGCCAACAUGCCCCCGGUGAUCCUGCUGGCCAAUAAGGCCGACCUGCUGCACCUGAGGCAGGUCGACGCCCAGCAGGGCCCUAUGCUGGCUGAAACUCUGGGCUGCUCUUUCUAUGAAGUGUCUGCCAGUGAGGACUAUAGCCAGGUGCACAAGGCUUUCCACAGGCUUUGCUGCCAGCUAGCCAAGCAGCCGGCUCCUGCCUCCAACUCCACCAGCGCCGCCACAGAGAAGAGGCGCUCCCCCCUCAUCCCAAGGCCAAAGUCCCCCAACAUGCAAGACCUGAAGAGGCGCUUCAAGCAAGCCCUGUCAGCCAAAGUCCGGACUGUCACCUCAGUGUGAGGAGCACUAAGAAAUGAACAUGGUCCCGGGUGGCCAGAGAAAGAAAGCAUUGAGGAAAGCUGAGAUAAGCAGGCAGAAGAUGUACGCUUCUCAACUGAAGUCCUGAGUCUGGCCGAUUGAAGGCAGAUGUGACACAGCUCUACGUAGCGAGAUGAUUCUUGGUAAUGACCUCUGAGUGGCAGGUGAUCGCUCUGUCCGAACGCAUGUGUGAGGAGGUUCAUCAUCUGUUCAGGAGCAGAAACUACAUUUAUGAACACAGAAGCAGCUGUGAGGCUGACUGAGCCCAAGACUCUCUGCACAUAAAAAAAGAAAGAAAACUAAGCUCUCCUGGCAACAGCAGAGCUGAAGGACGGCUUAUUUUUAGCUGUGUUGCCCAUUGUGGCUUUUCUUUAUUCAGACUGCCACUACUUGGCACCACUAAAUGCUGGGUUUUAUUAUACCAGCCACUUGAGCCAGGGCUCUGUGUAGCCAUGUGUGUGUGUACUAAGUGUCUUGCAUGAAAAUACCUGCAGUAUAUGUUUGCAGUGUUCAGAAGCAUCACUGUGCAGAAUGA